GAAAGUGAAAUAAAAAUGGCUGCUCACAGCGGAGGUAUCGAUUGGGGUAUAAAACCCUUUUUAUCGUCAAAUUACACCUCCCUCACGCCAAAUGAUAUCACAAAUCUGGUGAAGGCGAUCAUUAAAUAUGAAUACGAUAUUAUCGAGCACGAUGAUGUCUAUGACCAAUUCUUCACAUCAAUGGUCGCUUUGGCUGCCGAUGGAAUCAGCGCACAGUGCAAUUCAAUUUGCCAUUCGCAGAUGGAUCAAAUCACCGAAGCGACCAGCAUUCUUAUACGAUUCCUGCUGAAUCGUCUGGAGAACUCUUCGACCACCGAGUGCAAGAUUCUUCUGGGACCUCUGAAGAGUCUCUGCGAGGGCAAAAGUACCCUCAAUGUACUCGAUGUCACAGUUCUUAUUGCAAUGCUGAAGAAUGCUAAACAGCCGGAGACGACUAAGAGUCCUCCGCCCAACAGCGACAAAGACAGCCCCAAAUCAGAGAUGAAGAGAUCUCGAUCUGAUCUCUCCUGUGUCAUUAUGCAGCAAUUGACUACACCCCUCAUGAGUGGCACCUACACUUGGACCCCUCUCAAUGAGGAGCAGAAAGAUUGCUCGCAAAUGUUUAUUAAGUCCAAUAUCACAUGCCUUCAAGCUCUAAAUGCAGGCAAUGUGAUCCUCAAUGUUUGUACAUCCCUCCCGAUUUUGUCACGCUAUCGCAUCAAAUACGAGGAGAGUGCUCUUCAGGGGAAGGGUCUGUAUUUGCCUUUGACCCACUCAGAAGCCACAAUCAUCAAAAACACUCUGCCUCAGAUGUCAGCAGAUAUCCUGAUUUUGUACACGGCUCUGUCGAUUCCCGCCAUAGAGCCAUUGACACCAAAUAAGAUCAUACAAUUGUCCCAAUGUGCAAUGUCAGCCCUGUAUUGUGCUGUUCUGUCUUCGAUCUAUGGCAGUGUCCUGAGUCUUCCGGCCACUGGAUCGGGAAAAUCAGCACCACAGCAGCAGCAACAGGCACCACCACAAAGUUCCAGUGGUCAAGCUCAGAAAGACGGUACAGAUGGUGAAUCCUCUGACUACCAUGCCACUUUGGUGGUGAACAAGGCCCUGGAAAUUUUUGUAAAAAUUGGGACAAUUUUCAAGAAUUCAACACGUAGUCAUAUCUACCACAAUCACUUCUGCAUGGGAGCUUGGUUGCUCAUCACGGGCAUUCAGGGGGCAAUGGGAGCUUCUGGAUCUGGUAGUGUGAAGCAACAGCAUCAUUCGGAUCACCUGCAGAGUCAGCAGAAGUCAAAGCCUCAGAAAUAUCCUAGGAUGCAGCAAACAGAGCAGCUUCAUCCUCAGCUGCAGAUUCGUGAGGAGGAUUUGCAGCAGAUCGAUGAUGAUCAUAUCCUGCUGCAGGAAGAAUUGCAUCCACCUCAUGAGGAAGAUGAUCAAUUUGAAGGACAGCAUGAUCAAUCAGAGCAAGCACAGCAAACAGCAGCUUCUCACGGAAUAUCAGGCAGUGCUGCUGAGGAGAAAGGCGGCAAGAGCCCAUCGAAGAGUUCAGAACAGGGACCAACACAAAUUCCCUCACCCCGAGUGAAUUUAUUCAAAGUCCAACAAGGCUUUGGGGUUCUCAAUGAUGCAAUUGCAACACUUUGCCUGGUUUUGCUCACUGAAUUAAUUGAUGACCUGAAGGUGGAAUCUCGGUCAGGAGAUGAUGAAUUUUUCGAUGAUGAACCACCAGAAGCAGCUGGAUUUGACAUUCUCGGGCAGUACACGUCACUUCAACGUGUCAUUCGGGUGUUGACGAGUGCAACACUCCAGCAAAUGCUCACCUUCCUCGCUACUGUGUCGUAUAGGAAGGCUUGUGCUCUGCGUCGAGCCAAUACAAAAAAUCCCAAUGAUGAGGAACCGAUUAGUUUCAGUGACUCCACUACAUACUUCAAUGAGACAUUUGUGUGCUCACAGGAUUCGGAAACUGAAGAGGAAGACAGUGAGAGUUAUCUUGGUUUGUGGUUCAAGGAGACCCUUUCGCCGGAAGGAAAUGAAGAACAAACAGAGCAACCAGCUCAGGAUGCUGCCAAUGAAAAUGGUGGUGGUGUAGUAACGGCCAAAGAUGAACCUCAUGAGUACCUCGAUCUGGCAGCUCAAAUUUUCACCUUUUUGGACUCAUCCCUGGGAGCUAAUCAUCAUUAUUUGUGCAAAUAUGUUAAAAGUGGUUUGAGUGAGCAACAAAUUGUGUUGCUGGCAAAUAUUCUCAAAGAUCUCGAUCGUGAUGCUUCACGGAGUGAAGGUGAGAAUGGUGGAUGUGCUCGAUGGCAGAGUGCUAUGGUGAGAUUUGCUGGAUCUCUUGGACGUUAUCUGCACAAUUUGAUAUCUUCGGGUGUACUGAAUGAAUCACUGCAGUCGUCGUUGUUGUUGCAUCUGGGUGUUUCGCCAUGGACAAAUGAUACUAACUGGCCACUUCAGGUGUAUCCGAGAACUUUGGCUGUUCUUGUGCAGAUACUCCUGCUGAAGCCGUGUCAGGAGAAGGAGGCUGCUUGCUUGUCGGUGUGGCAUCGUCUGGUGAAUACUUUGGUACAGGGAGUUUGUUCUGAACAGGCACAGCAGGGUUCAGAUGGGGAUAAUGAUGAUUUGAAUGUGGAACAUACACAACUUCUUCUGUUUCUCUUUCACACCCUCAAUCUCAUGCAGAAAAAGUCAAUUUUGUUAUUGACUGCAGGUGGAGUCAUUCGAUGUUCUGAAGUUUGCUGGACCAUUACACCGGAUAAGCCAUUGAGAGAUAAUCAGAUAAUGCUGCUGUCUCGUUUGUUGUUGUUUCUGGAGUAUCUCAUGAAGCAUUUGUACAAUCCACCGACAAAUGUUCUUGAACAAGUACGCUGGAAUCUUUUCAGUGUGGUAACUCUGGAUUCAGCACAGAAAGUCGAUGUUCUCAAUAAUCGGGUCAAGUUGAUAUCUUAUAGGAAGGACAUUGAGGAUAAAUACAAGAAACUUGCACCAGAAGUUAGUGCUUUGAGUGGUGUUAAGCCAAAAUUCUAUACAAUAACACCGUGGGAUAUGAAGUUGCAGCAGGAAUUCAAGAUGGAUGGUUUAGCAUGGAAUUUUAUUCUAUGUACACCGGAUAAAUUGAAAUAUCAUCUGUUGAUUGAUGCAUUGAUUGAUAUUCUAUCUGUCACGGAUAUCUGUACGGGAAAAGUGCCCUUUCAGACUUUAUGUGCUGUUCAAUAUUGUUUCAAUUUGUCGUGGAAGUUGAUAUUGGGAAUGGCACCAUCGACACCACAUGUUGAAAAUUUGAUUAGAGACAAACCACCAAAUCUACAUUCACUCAUUUGGUCAAUACGAUGCAUUCAGCCUGUUUCCCAUUCGCACUACCUAAUUGUGAAUAGUCUCGUGAAGCAGGGCAUGUAUACGCAAUUUGCAGAGAUUCUCUGGAACAAAGUCACUGAACAUUCAGCUGAUGUUAGGAGUCGAAUGAAUCAGACAAUCAUUGGUUUGGAUAAAUUUUCCGAGACUUUUGAUGCAGCAUCACCGAGAUUGUCCAAAAUUAUUCUCAUUGAUGCACUCCUUUCGCAUUUGUAUGCUGUCUACUGGACAGAAUCCAAUGCUAAGGUCAAAGUGGAAAAUAAUGCAGUAAGUACAGUAGCAUCAACACCAACAACUACCACUUCGGCAGCCGCUGUAACUUCGUCAGCGGACUCGCUAAGUGGGGCUGUUGGAGGAGUAGCUAUUGAAAGUGAUUCAGGUGGAAAGCAUAAUUCGUGCCUGGGAAAUGUGACACGAGAUGAAUUGGCCACACAAUUGAGGCUAAAACUACUCGAUGUCAUUGAUAUUUUGUUGGAUUUUCUGCACAAGACCACCAUUAAGAGUCUCUGUGGACAGAUACCGAUUCAACUGAUGGAAUCACUGAUUUCCAUCACAAGUUCCAAGACGGCAUUCUGCUCAGAUAUAACCAAUCACUUUUUGAGUGUUCUCAGUGGACAAGAAAAGGGCGUGGUGAAUAUUAUUUGGACAAUGGAAUUGACACUGAGCACUGAGGGUAAUCUCAGUCAAAAUAUCAAUCAACCAAUUGAAAUGCAUACUUUGGCUGUGAUUGAUGCUCAUUUGUCUGAAGUUUCCAAAUAUUCCGUCUAUUCUAUCUUAAUGUCACUGAAGCAUACACUAAAAUCUGCUCUGAAGGUCCUAUCGUACCUUCUGCCACUCAAUAAAACUGAUGCUACUCUUCAGAAACGUCUGCAAAAUAUGCUAAUACCUCUGAUCUUUGACAUUCGCACCUCCUAUCUCUACGAGACAGCCAAUGAAUGCCUAGAAAUUCUCCUAGGAGAAGAUUACACUUCGGAUUCUUAUCAAUUUUUGGCCUAUUGCAAUAUCCUCAAGCAUACCUACAAAUUGGUAAUUGAUUACUGUGAAAUGUCAGCAAGUGUGAGUGAAAUGAAUCUCGAUGAGACAAUUUUGCAUCAUGUUUUGAAAUUUUGGGAAUCAAUUCUGGACAAACAGAUGGGCCUGAAGGCAAUGCAUGAAUUUUUCUUCGAGUCAAAACGUGGCAGUUUGGUGAAUAUCCUACUGUCAUUCUCCAAUACCAAUAUGUCACAGGUGUAUUCGACAAAAGUUCUGCAAUUCUUCGAGAAACUCUUUCAAGCAUCUGAAAAGGCAGAUUCACAAUUUAAUCUCAAUCAAUUGUGUCAGUGUAUCUCGGAAUUGGGAACAGUUGAUCCGGCAAAACUCAAAACAUGGCUCAGUCAUAUUUUACUGGGUCCAGGUGGUGCAAAUAAUGCUGCAAUGUCCAGUAAUAAUUCCAGUAAUGUACAGACACCGACAAAUGUGGCAACUGUGUCAGCUGUGACUAAUAUUGCUGAACAAAUUGGUCAAGCGACUAAUGAUAAUGUCGAAACUGUUGAUAUGGAGAUAGAGGAUGAUUGUGUUGUUGGUGGUGCAUCAGGCGGUGGAACAGGGACAGCAGGAGGAAGUGGAGGAGGUGGAGGAACAUCUGGAUGGCAACAGGGAGCAAGUAUAACGACAAAUCGCUCAGAGACACCCAAUGAGGAGUGUCUGGAGAAGAAUGGACGACUUCUGCAGACUCUGACAAAGUACAUUGUCAGUGAAAAUCGUAUAUCACCGAGUGUUUCUGGUGUUUUGUUCAAUGCACUCAUUCAGAUUGCGCAGAAUUUGCUCUGUCCAGCACAGGAUGCUCUUGAAUUCACUGAUCUCCUUCAGGUGAUGGUGACACUGGCUGAUGCUGGUCAGGGUAAAGGACAUUCAGUUCUCUUCAGUGCUGCCAUUGAUUGGUUGGAAGUGUCAAAGAAUCAUGUUCUCGAGAAGUCACUCAAUAAAUUGACAGCAAAAUCAGGUGUUGCUCUUGAGAAUGUCUCAUCAUUGCUGCAGUACAUGAGUGAUCUACUUCAGGGAUUGGGAUCAACAGGUAGUCGUGCAUUUAGUCCACCAUGGGAAGAGGACAAUCCACCAGAUAUGGAUGAUUUUGUCGAUGAUGUUGGUGCUGAUGAUGAUGAUAGUGUCGUUGAGGAUUCCGAUGAGGACAGCCUUGGCAAUAAACUCUGCACCUUUUCCAUCACACAGAAAGAAUAUAUGAAUCAACACUGGUAUCACUGUCAUACAUGCAAGAUGGUAGAUGGUGCUGGAGUUUGUUCAGUCUGUGCUCGGGUUUGUCACAAGAAUCACGAUAUCAGCUAUGCCAAGUAUGGGAAUUUCUUCUGUGACUGCGGAGCAAAAGAUGAUGGUAGUUGUAUGGCUAUGAGUCCAAGAACCAAUAUUCAGGAAACAUCAACACUUGCCUCAGUGAUGGGACAAAGUGCACCUGAUCCAGAUCACAUUAUACCAAGUUCACUGCGACGUCGUGUCUCGAGUCCACAGCCCCAGACAUCCACGAAAGAUGCUAUUGGUGCAGAACGUGACUAUCAUAUGGCAAAAGUGAUUGAUGCCUCCAAAGAGGCUCUCAAUAAUCAUGAUCAAUGGAAGGCAGUGGUGAAAUUUGUCUUAGACUUCUUUGAACUGAUAAUGCCAGCUAUUAAUGAGAAUUGUGCCAAAUAUUCAACAGUUGGAUGUCAUCUGAGAGCUAAAAAUGCCAUUGAGAGACUUCAUCAUCCAGAGAAGACAUUUACAAUCAGUGAUCAGAUUAUGGUAUCGACGAUGGGAUCACAGGAAGGUGCUUUUGAAAAUGUGAGAAUGAGUUACUCAGGUGAACAGGGACAGACAAUUCGUCAGCUUCUGUCGACAAAUCUGGUGAGGCGUGUGGCUCUGUGCUGUUUGGCAUCGCCACAUGGAAAACGUCAGCAUUUGGCUGUGUCUCAUGAGAAGGGCAAAGUAACUAUAUUGCAAUUGUCAGCACUGCUGAAGCAGCCAGAUGUGGCCAAGAGGAAGUUGACACUCAAUCGAUUGUCAUCAGCACCAAUUCCAUGUACAGUUCUCUCAUUGGCAUCAAAUCCCGCCAAUGAGGAUUAUUUGGCUGUAUGUGGUCUCAAAGAGUGUCACAUACUCACAUUUACCGGAAGUGGCUCACUCAGUGAGCACAUUGUCUUGACACCUCAACUGGAAACUGGAAAUUUCAUCAAGAGAGCCAUCUGGCUACCGGCAUCACAGACAAAAUUAGCCCUGGUGACGGCAGAUUUUGUGAAGAUUUACGAAUUAGCAGAAGACACAUACAGUCCACAGUACUACUUCCUUGUGCCCAGUGGCAAAAUUCGUGAUUGUACAUUUGUCCAUCAGGAAGAUCAGUACUACAUGCUACUGAUGGCAUCUUCUGGGUAUAUCUAUACACAACCUCUGGCCAAUGAGAGUCUAGCCAAACAUGGACCAUUCUAUGUGACAAAUACUCUAGAACUCGAUCAUCCACACAUCAAAGAUGUCAAUGGACAAAUUGGAAAUGGUGGUGUAUCCAUCUACUAUUCUCAUGUUCUACAAAUGCUCUUCUUCAGCUAUACUCAAGGGAGAAAUUUCAUGGCACCCUUAGUGGAUGUCAAUGCUGGUGUAAAAUGUGUGAUGCACCUUCAAACUGGUCCAAAUACCAAAAAUUCCUCCAAAGGACCCCUUCAACCGCUCUGUCAGUGGACAGAAAUUCCUGGACAUCCUGGCUUAGUCUGUGCCAUGAUGCAAACAUCCAAUAAUCCUGUUAUCUUCAUGCUCAAACCUGACAGUGUGGUGAUGCAAGAGAUUAAAGCUACAUCAUCUAAGGCUAAAAUUAUGGAUAUGGUGGCAAUUCGACAUUCAGUAUCUGGUAUUGAGAAAACCACACUGAUUUUACUCUGUGAAGAUGGAAGUUUAAGAAUUUUCUCUGCUCAUCCCGAAGGUACGGGGUAUUGGAUGUCACCGGAAGUACAACCUGUUGGAAAUCAAUUUUACUCGUCAUUCUUACCCAAAUCCAGUCGACGCAAUAAGAGAAAUUCCAGUAAGAAUACAGUUGGUACCGUUAGUGGUGCAUCCAAUAAAGUAGCUCUGGGACUGUCACAGCCAACAUUCCCAAUUGAUUUCUUUGAGCACUGCACCCUAAUGACUGAAGUGGAAUUUGGUGGAAAUGAUUUACUGCAGAUCUACAAUACGACCUUACUGAAGCAUCGACUCAAUUCAACUGGACUCUAUGUGAUGUCCAGCAAAGCUAAUGGCUUUACACUUGAAGUGUACAACAAUGAUCCCAAUAUGGUGAUAACAGGUGUUAGAAUUCUCAUUGGAAGUCAAGAUCCUCAGAGAGCUCCCACUGCAGUGACAAUUCAUGGACGUACAGUUACGACAAUUGUCACACGUCCAAGGUGGUUUGAUUUGCCACUGACGCGUGAAGAGAGCCUUUUGAGUGACAAGAAACUGAGCAUUACCUUUGGAGCAUCUCAGGAUCCAGAGAAUGUGUGUAUGCUAGACAGUAUAAAGAUUCAUGGUAAGACAAAAGAUGUCUUUGGAUGGCCUGAGGAGCAGGAUGAAGUGGCAGCUGUGACCACAGCAGGUGCAUCUGGUGGACAAGUGUCCCAAACCGCUGCAACUGCAUCAUCUCAACCAACAACAGAUACAGAAUCAAAUUCAGUUCAAACUGUCACGACACUCGAUCGAAUGGUAUCAACGAUGCUUGAAGUGUUAGACAGUGGUAUCAGCUUAAUUGGUGGUGUUAAUGUUGAUGAGCAAAUCAAAGCAAAGGCUAUUGAAGUAUCAACAGCUCUUUUGAUCUACCCAACACCAACAAUUGUGCAGAAUCAUGCAAAAUGUGUCUUAGCAUCGUUGCACAGUAACCGAACAAUGUACCAUUCGUACAAGGACAAGGAGAUCCUCACGGAGAUCAAUAAGGAGUUGCAGGUGAUGUCUGAAGUGAAGGAUCCACGAAAUAUCGAUCCCGAAGCAUUCUAUCGACUUGUUCUGAUGGCACGGGGAAUUGCAGUGACACGACCGCAGGCUCUGUGGAAGAUUUGCGUGGAGAAUAAAUAUCAAAUUCUACCAAAAUUGAUGAAAAUGAUGAAGACACUGCAUCAGAUAACACCAACUGAUGAACAACCAACACCAAUUGUCAAACGUGGCCUGAGCCACACAGAGGCAAUUGUUCACUCAAUUGUUGAGAUAAUCUUUGCCUUUGCCCUAACUGAUCCCGAAUUUGUGGGUCUUAUGACGAAAUUCUUCGUGCAACUCCUCCUGGAUAGUGGUACAAUAAUCAGUCACAGUGCCAAACAGGCUCUCAUCAAACUUCUGCGGCCACGCAUGAAGCGACGUCGGGUACUGAUUGGAAGUCCACCAGGAUGUUCAACACCAACUCCAUCGUCAGCUCCGCCAAUUGCACCCGUUGCAUCGACAUCUGGGGCACCUGCAGGUGCUGCUGGUGGUGCUGGAAAUGAUGAUCUGUAUGCAGCUGUGAUGCAAGAAGUGGAUGCUAUUGAAUCGAUGGGUCUAGAGGGCGCUGGUGCAGCUGCAGCUGUCAAUCCUCAAGCUCUAGCAUCACUGGAGGCACUUCUGGGUGGAAUUCCGCAAAUGCUGGAUCUUCAGCAGGAUGCAGACGAUGAUGCCAUUAUGGAGAUAGCAAUUGCACUGAGUCUACAAGAGCAUGAUGGUGAUUUGAGUGGCAUACAGCAGGGUUUGGCCAAUAUUCAGGGUCUUCGUGGCAGAACUCUCCAGAGUCUACAGGCACUUGCAGCGGCUGGUGGCGUUGGUGGUGGAUACAGCAAUGAUCCAUCAGCCUCAGUGGGUGGUUCUGACGAUGAAGGCUCUAAUGCUGCCACCGAUGGCUCAACACUACGAACAUCACCAGCUGAACACGCUGGAAGUGGUGGAUCUGAGAGUGGUGGAAGUGGUGUUGAGAGCAUUGGCGGGACAUCAGGUCGAAGUAGUACAUAUGGAGAUCAACCAAAUCAAUCGCCGCCACGUGAAGCCAAUUUGCCACCACCUCCACAGCCUCCCACAAGUAUUCAGGAGAGUGUUAUUCAGGAAGAUCCAGAGGACACCACUGAGACGGAAAAUGCGGCAAAAUUGCACAUUUUGCGCUAUUCGAUUCUCGAGAAGAUGAUUGAUAACUUCUGGGGAUUGGACUGGGUGACGGGUACUCAAGCAGUAUCUUUCAUGCAAGUCAUCUUGAUGCUUACAUCAGACCUCGAUGGCAGUCAGGAGGCUGAUCAGGCAGUAAUGCAGAAGCUUCUGGACGCAUUAAUUGAACGACUGGAGAUGGUACCAUCAAGUCAAGGUGUUCAGAUGACGACAAGAACCUCCAAAACCGAAGUUCAAUGGCUUAUUCUGCGCAUGUUGAGUGUCUUCAUGGGAAAAGUGAAAUCGACGACAAAAUCGUCCUCAGCACCAUCGACUUCAAUGCCAAGUGGCUCAAGUGGAGGUGCCACUGGGCAGAGUGACAAUGCAACAUUUGUAGCAUCAGCCACAGCGAAUGCUCUGAUGAAGGCUGGAGCAAUUCCUUACUGUCUUGUUCUGUUGGAAUCCUUCCUGCCUUACUGGAAGAAUGCAUCGACAAAUGAGGAUAUUCCAUCGAGUGGAGCCAGUCUCAAUGCACCAAUUGUGACUGUUCCUGGUGGACCACCCAGCAACAAACUCCUGAAACCCACUCAAUAUGGUCCAAUUCCCGACAUGCUACCCUUCCAUGCCACUCAAACUGGCUGUUCUGAUCCCUAUGAAGCCUAUCAGACGCUCAUCACGGAGAUGGCCGUGAAGCUACCUUAUCAAAUUCUGAAGCUUUCAUCUGGUCAUCCAUCAACUUACGAUUGGUACAGAAAUAUCUAUGAGUACAUGACAUUUAUUUUGUGUGAAUACAUGCUAUACUGGCAGACUCCAGCUCUCAGGCGACAAGUCAGGAAGCUUCUAUUGUAUGUGUGUGGAAAUAAGGAGAAAUAUCGUCAAAUGAGGGAUAUUCAUGCUCUGGAUACGCACAUGAAGGCCGUGAGAAAUUGCACAGAGGCGGGGAGUGUUCUGCAAACGAGUGGAUCAGUUAAUAUUCCAACACUGGACUAUGAUGCUCUUGUGGAAUUGACUGAACAUCUAAGGGCUUGUCAGGAGAUUGCAUCUGUUCGUACGGGCAAUUGGCAGCACUUCUGUAUUCGUGUUCACACUGAUAUUCUGCCGUGUUUGCUGCGAAUUAGCUGUCAGCAGUUGGAUGAGGGAGUAUCACCGAUUAUUCUGCAACUUCUCCAAUCUGCAGUAUGCAAUUCUGGUGGAGCUAAGAAUGCUGUCGAGAGUAGCAAAAGUCUGGUGAAGGAGAGACGCGAUCGAGAGAAAUCAGAAGAAUCUGAAUGUAUGGCUGAUUCAAAGUUUGAUCCAGCAUUAUGUUCAUCCCUUGUCGAUCAGAUCUUUACACAAGUUCCAGCUGCAUUACUGACCAAAUUUAUCAGACUGUUCUUGCUGGAGACUAAUUCUACAAAUCUCAGAUGGCAAGCUCACAGCCUGAUCUACGCUUUCUACGAGAACAGCAAUACAGCGCAAAAAGAACAACUACUCAAUCAUCUUUGGAGUCUUUGGCCAUUGUUGUCAGCCUAUGGAAGGCGUACAGCUCAAUUUGUCGAUCUCAUUGGAUUCCUCACGCUCAAUACCAAAUCCUCGACAGAUCGUCUGUUGCAGUACACCGAACAGGCAGUUACUGUACUCAGGCAACAGAAUGAACUACUUUCACGUCAUCCAAAUGCUCCCAUUUACACAGCUUUGGGUCAGGUGCUGGAACUCGAAGGAUUCUAUUUGGAAUCUGAGCCAUGCCUUGUCUGCAAUAAUCCUGAACUUCCAAUGGCCAACAUCAAACUCUCCUCCAUAAAGAUUGAUUCGAAAUUCACGACAACAACAAUAAUUGUGAAAUUGGUACAGAGCCAUACCAUCUCCAAGAUAACACUACGCAUUGCGGACCUCAAGAGAACCAAAAUGGUCAGAACAAUUAAUAUCUACUACAACAAUCGUACAGUUCAGGCAGUUGUUGAACUCAAAAAUCGUCCAGCAAUGUGGCACAAAGCACGCAAAGUGACUCUGUCAUCGGGUCAAACUGAUGCUAAAAUUGACUUUCCACUACCAAUAACAGCAUGCAAUCUCAUGAUUGAGUAUGCUGACUUCUAUGAAACUGUCACAGGAUCUAGUGAGAGUCUCCAAUGUCCACGAUGCAGUGCUGCCGUACCGGCCAAUCCCGGUGUCUGCAGCAAUUGCGGAGAGAAUGUCUAUCAGUGUCACAAAUGUCGUGCUAUCAACUACGAUGAGAAGGAUCCUUUCCUCUGUCAUUCUUGUGGCUUCUGUAAAUAUGCCAAAUUUGACUAUACCAUCUUUGGACGUGCCUGUUGUGCUGUGGAUCCCAUUGAGUCAGCUGAUGAUCGGGCAAAAACUGUCCAGACCAUUCAUUCAUCUCUGGAGAAGGCUGAUCGGGUCUAUCGACAACUACAGGCCAAUAAGCAAUUCUUGGAGCUUCUCGUGCAGAAGAUUGCAGAACACAAGUUGGAUAGGAAUUUCGAUGAAUCUGUGGUUGUGAGUCUGGUGAGUUCAUCGCAAGUCAAUAAGGUGAUUCAAUUGCUGGCACAGAAAUACUGUGGAGAGUCCAAGGCAUCAUUUGAAGACCUCAGCAAGAUUAUCCAGAAAGUUCAAGCUUGUCGAAGGGAACUUGUGGCUUAUGAUCGUAGUCAACAAGAUGUUCAUACGGCAAAGAAUGAUCCGUCACCCAAUGAGAAUCCCGUAGCUGUCAAUCGAUGCUACGGUUGUGCCCUGGCAUCCACUGAACACUGUCUCACUCUUCUGAGAGCCAUGUCGUCAAAUGUAGUUUGUAGCUUUGGAUUGUGUAUGCAGGGAUUGGUUGAGGAAUUGGCACAGAAUAAUUUACGUCGUGGCACUGUGCAGAUUCAGGAUGAAGUGCGAUCACUUUUGUGUCUAUUGACACGUGACAACAAAGAUGCCAUAAAGAGUCUCUGUACACUAAUUCAUGAUCGUGUUAAGAUGGCUCUGAGUGGAACUGUACCAUUGGCCAAUUUAGAUACUGCUGUGAGGCAUGAAUUGGCUCUGCUUGAGGCUCUUGUGGCACAAGAUGAUACACUUUGGGAGGAAAAAUUGAAGACUGUGCUGCAUUUGUUUACGCUGGCAUGUCAAGAUCCUCGUGGUCCGGCUGUUGUUGUCAUUCAGCCAUGCCUGAGGAUAAUUGAGACACUUAUUUGUCCAGCUGCUCCCACGAGUAAGACAAAUAAGGAUAUGUCAAUUAAGGAUUUAUGUACUAUUGCCUGCACUGAGGGUGUCACUGUGAGCUUCCAGGAAUGGUUGGCGGGCAAUAGUGAUCAUUCGUAUGAGGCGUGGAAGAAGAGAAUGCCACCUGUUUGUGAUGAAGCUCCACCAGGUUCUCCACCACCAACAGCGGCAAAUCAGCAACAGCAGCAGCAGCAGCAACAGGCAAAUGGGAAGACAGUUCAGAGGAUGUUUAGAAUGAUACUGGAACAGAAGAGAUCUCAAUUCAGACGGAGGUAUUUGUAUGAGAAGUAUGGGAAGAGAUGGAGAAAUAAAGUACUGUGCAGAGGUGUACAGCAACCACCGUUGGAAUUAUUGCCAUCGUGGUUGCAGAAGAUUCUCUUCAAUCCCAAUAGUCGAAUUGUGAGGAAGAUGGCAUGUGCUCUGGUGACAUCACUUUGUCGAUCUGUCGAGACAAAGAGGGAGAUUCUCAAUUUGCUAACUGGUUUCUUGAAGUACAUUGGGGAUGCUGGUGAAGCAUGUGCUGAAUUUAUCUCACUGUACAUCUCACUGGCAGAUGAGACACCAUGGAGGCAGUAUUUGGCUCUGAAGGGUGUCCUUGUGACAAUUGCUGAUUUACUUGGGGCAGAAAUUGAGAAGAUUCAUCGCUUGGAGGAGACUACGUUGUCGUCAGAUUUGGCUCAAGGGUAUGCUCUGCAUCAACUUGUUGAAUUGAUGGCGAUGUUUUUGGAGAAUCCACUAAUUCGGCAAAGUUACAAGGGGAAACUGCUAGGUCCUGUGCUUCAAGGCUACUUGUCCCUGAGGAAGUUGGUAGUUCAGAGAACAAGGCUGGUUGAUGAUGCUCAGGAGAAAUUGCUGGAGAUGCUGGAAGAGAUGACAACGGGAACUGAAGAUGAGACUAGAGCAUUUAUGGCAGUUCUCAUUGAAACCGUUGAUAAGACUCCGAUGAAUGAUAUCAAGACUCCGGUAUUCAUCUUUGAACGCCUCUGUUCAAUUAUACAUCCCGAAGAGAAUGAUGUCAGUGAAUUUUUCCUGACACUGGAAAAGGAUCCGCAACAAGAGGACUUUCUGCAAGGGAGAAUGUUGGGCAAUCCCUAUCCAUCAUCAGCUGCUGGCUUAGGACCACUGAUGCGUGAUGUGAAGAAUAAGAUUUGCAGUGAUUGUGAAUUAGUGGCACUGCUGGAGGAUGACAAUGGAAUGGAAUUAUUGGUGCACAAUAAGAUAAUCAGUUUGGAUUUGCCAGUUAAGGAUGUCUAUAAGAAAAUCUGGCUGGCUGAAGGAGGUGAACGGGAUGGGAUGAGAAUUGUGUAUAGGAUGCGAGGACUUUUGGGUGAUGCAACGGAGGAAUUUGUCGAGACACUGAAUAAUAAGAGUCAGGAGGAAGUUGACAAUGAGCAACUGUAUAGAAUGGCUAAUGUUUUGGCUGAUUGCGGUGGAUUGCGUGUAAUGCUGGAUCGGAUUGUAAGUCUGCAGAAUAUCUCAAGGACACGAUCACUCCUACAGGUACUGCUGAAGCUAUUCCUGCUUAGUGUGAAAGUUCGGAGGUGUCAGGAGGUGCUGUGUCAACCAGAAUUGGGAGCAAUAAAUUCCCUGCUAAAAGUCCUUCAGGUAUGCCUUCAGAGUGAGAAUGAUAGUCAACAAUCGGCCGUAACGGAGCAAUUGUUGGAGAUAAUGGAGACAAUUCUAUCAAAGGCAGCUAGUGAUACCCUCGAUUCCUUCUUGCAAUUCUCUCUCACCUUUGGUGGUCCUGAGUAUGUCCAAGCACUGAUUUCAUGCACCAACUGUACCAAUGUCCGCAAUAAUCCAUCAGUUCUGCGUCAUUUGAUUCGGGUUCUGGCUGCUUUGGUGUAUGGGAAUGAUAUCAAAAUGGCACUACUGUGUGAGCAUUUUAAGAUGACACUGGACUUUGGGAAGUUCGAUGGUGAACGUACGUCUGAGGAUGAGUUCAAGAUGGAGUUGUUCUGUGUACUGACAAAUCAGAUUGAGCACAACUCCAUCGGUGGUACUCUCAAGGAUUACAUCAUAAGUUUGGGUAUUGUUGAGAGAUCUCUCAAUUAUAUCACCAAACAUGCACCAUGUGUCAAACCAACACUUUUGCGAACGGAUUCGGAUGAGUUGAAGGAAUUCAUAUCACGUCCAUCACUCAAGUAUAUUCUGAGAUUCCUCACGGGUUUGGCUACGAAGCAUGAGGCAACACAGUUGGCUGUGUCAAAGGACAUCAUCCCAAUUGUCCAUCGACUGGAGCAAGUGUCGAGUGAUGAGCACGUUGGGAGUCUAGCGGAGAAUUUGCUAGAAGCACUGUGUACAGAUCCGGCAACGGCAAAACGUGUGCAGGAGGAGAGAGAUUUUACGAGGGCUGAAAAGAAGCGUCUGGCGAUGGCAACGAGAGAAAAGCAACUGGAUGCAUUGGGUAUGAGGACAAAUGAGAAGGGUCAGGUGACGGCAAAAGGAUCAAUUUUGCAGAAGAUUGAAAAAUUGCGGGAUGAAACAGGCCUCUCGUGUUUCAUCUGUCGCGAAGGCUAUGCCUGUCAACCGACAAAAGUUUUAGGCAUCUAUACGUUCACCAAACGCGUUCCCGUGGAGCAAUUUGAGGUGAAGCGAAAGACUCCGGGGUAUACAACAGUGACGCAUUUCAAUGUUGUUCACAUUGAUUGCCACAUGUCGGCUAUACGUUUGGCCAGGAGUCGCGAUGAAUGGGAAAGUGCUAGUCUGCAAAAUGCCAAUACACGCUGCAAUGGACUCCUACCGCUAUGGGGUCCAGAGGUGACAGAAUCAGCCUUUUCAUCCAGUAUGUCCAGGCACAAUGCCUACAUGCAGGAGAGUACACAGCGUUGUGAGAUAAAUUUCCCCAAUGCCAUUCAUGAUCUCAAGUUGCUUCUGAUGCGUUUUGCCUUCGAGAAGAGUUUCCACGAAGAUGCUGGAGGUGGUGGUCCGGAAUCCAAUAUGCACCUUGUGCCAUAUCUUGUAUUCUAUGCCCUCUACAUUCUACUGUCGUCGCGGUCGUUCUCGCGUGAGGAGAAAACACUUACGACGUUCCUGGGUCAGGCGCCAUCGGAUAAAUGGUUGGAGUGUGCGUAUGAAGUUGAGGGGCCACUGUAUCAAAUAACUCUGUCUCUGGCACUUCAUACACCUAAUCUCUGGACACAGCACAAGGUGUACCAUCUAAAGAGACUUUUAGCCAUUGCACAGGUGCGUCAUGUGAAUCCCAGCAGUGUUACAAAGACACUAAAUACAGGGGAUAAACAAGAGAAAGAUUACACAGUCUAUAAGCCCUAUCUGAUGUUCUGGGCUCUGGCAGAUUUGAUUUAUAAGCACUUUUUCAAGACCGUAACUACACCGAAAGAGGAAGAUUGGCCAAUAUCGCUUUUUGACUAUCUACGACGCAAUGAUGAGGCUAUGCUCAAGUCGUCGGACACUGUUCUCUCCACUUUCACAGAAGAAUAUCUCCCAUGCACAUCCCUGAUGGAGUUCUGCGAUGUUGCUGGACUUUUGAACGAUAUUGAAGACCCGAAAGCGUUUCUCGAGGAAAUUCUAGAAGCUCUACCUUAGGCGAGUUUUAUCUUCACUUUCACAUCGUAAUUAUGCUAAUAAAAAUUCACGUGUAUUGAAAAUUAAUGGUAUAUGGAUUAUUAUGAAUAACAUUUGAAGUUCAAUAAAUUAUCGCUUCACUUUAGAAA